CAGAGGGAAAACACGUCAACACAAACUCCUGACAAACUCCUGACUCUACGCUUCUUCCCUGGAAUUAAAGAAACCUGAGAAAACACGUUUGUUUUCUCAUAAUGAUUUCGUUCCCUCUGUGAGGACAUGAUUCAGAGGAGGUGCACAACAGGAAACAUUUUAGCGCCUGCUUUUAUUCCAGGAGCUUCCUCUUUUCUCAGACACCACGUUCAGGACUUUCCGGCUUCUCCUCCUCAGUGAACCAAACAGAUUCAUGUUCGAAGCAGCCGCUCCAAACAGAAUCCUCCACGAUGGCGGUCUCCUGGCUCUACGUUACUGAGGAACCAGGAGCUGACUCGGCAGAAGUGGAUAUCUGUACUCUUGAGAUUAAWAUGCAAUAUGAGGUCAUCCCAUCUAUUACCUGCUCUGUUUGCUUAUCGUUUGGACUCAUCUACUGCUUCUUUGGAUACCGCUGCUUUAAGGUGGUCAUGUUCUUGUCGGGUUUCAUGUUUGGCUCAGCAGUCGUGCUCCUCUUCUACCAUAAAGAGCCUGACCUGAACAGCCAGCUGGAAGCAGAGACCAAGGCAGGCAUCGGCCUGGGAGUGGGAGUUCUGAGCGGGCUGAUGACCAUGACAGUGUCCACGCUGGGACUCCUCCUCGGCGGCCUGCAGCUGGGGAGCCUGCUCUCCCUCUCUGUGUUGGUGGUGAUUGGACAUUUUUACAGCCUGUCUCCGGCGUGGGUGCCUCUCUGUGCCGUACUGGCUGCCGGCAUCUCCACCGCCAUGUUCACGCUGCAGUGGCAGAAGCUCUUCAGCAUCGUCCACACGUCUGUGUUUGGAGCAACGACCGUGACGCUGUGCGUGGACUACCUGCUGGGAGCGUUCGUGCUGCCGGAUCAGGUGUACGACGUGUUUUGUCAGGUCGUUCCACGACGGCUCUGCUGGUUUAACUGGGCGAUCGCUGGGAUCUGUCCCGCUCUGAGUGUCGCAGGCGUGCUGGUGCAGUGGUGGUUGACUGCAAGGGGAGUUUCACACAAGAAAACUGCACAUGAAAAACAGAAGAAUCAUCUGAAGCACAAAUGUAGAGAAUCGAGAAGAAGACCCCAGCCAUAUCGUCAGCGUAAACCUCCGCCCCUGAAACGCUACGCUGGGGACGUCCUUGCACCGAGUUAUCUCCAAAGACUCCAGGAGCGUCAGAUGGGAACAGGCUCGUCCACCAGCAGCAUCAGCACCAACGCACACACUCUGAUUGACUAUAGCUUUGAGACGGGCUCCAUGAUGCCUCUGACUGCYGCCUCCCCCAUCUUUACAGUCUGAACAGCCAUGUGUUGGGCUGCCGACUCAAACGUGYGUGGUUUCAAGAACCUGCACAGAUCUGCUGCACCUGUUGUGAGAUUGUGUUGAUUAAAUAUUGAUUUUCAAUGGUUCACUUUCACAAAAGCUCUUYCAGCUGUUUAAUUGUUGGCUUGAAUCCUGUGUUAUUUUUGGUGUGCGGACGCCACUUCAUUAGUUUUUACAAGACAAAUUGGUGCAACUUCGGUGGUCGUUAGGCUCUGUGGUCGUUAGGCUCAUGAUUGCAGUUCCUUUUAAGCAGUUUGUCUCUGUCUUCAAACCAAACAAACAGAAUCCAACAGCAUUAAACUUUUAAUUCUUUCAAUUCUUUUGAAGAUAAAGAGAACUGUUCACAUCACUGUACUCAUUCAGCUUAUAAAUUAGACAUGUCUAUAUUUAUUUUUGUUUUGUAAUACAAACAGGAAAAAAUUGUAAAAAAAACAAAAAAAACAAAGAGAUAUGGGUCACAUACAGUCACUAUCUUACCUGUUGUAGAUAGCUAAGUGACCUCAGUGAAAAAUAGUUUAAUCCUGACUAAAGUGAUGUUCUAACAGCUCGUCUGAACUAAAGUGGAUUUCUUAAAAGAACUUCAGUCUCCAUAAUUUCACAGCAGUUCAAGAAAAUGUUUCAUUGACUUUUCCUCCAUCAGCUCCUCGUGUCACAGAUUUUUAUAGAUUUCAUUAGGUUUUAUUUGAUUUAUUUAUUUAUUUAUUUUGGUUAAAUAGCAGCAGCAUCUGGUUGUGGCACUUCCUGUGAACCCUGGAGUCAUUUUUUUUGACAGGAAGUUUUUAAUAUUUUUGCAAAAUAAUAUUGUAAUGUCAAACUGAUGAUGUAAACAUUUACACCUGAUAAAUGAUAUGUAAUUGAGUCAUUUUUAAUCUUGUUUGUUUUUAGCAAUUUAGGGGACAACAGAUGAAAAAUAGCCUUUGGCUAGUUGUGGCGCAUUUACAAAAAUGUCAAUUAAUGGGCCUUGUCCCUGCCAAAUAAAUCAAUUUAAAUUAUGUUAGAAAAUUAUGUUUGCAUGAAUCAUUUAAAAUUUUUAAAGACUGGAGUUGUUUAAAAAUGUCAAAAUAUGCUUUGAAAAUGGAUCUACUCACAUUCUCAUUCAAAGAGGUUUCGUUUUCAUGAAAAUUGUAGAUUCACAUUGAAGGCAUCAAAACUAUGAAUUAACACACGUGGAGUUAUAUACUUAACAAAAAAGUGUGAAACAACUGAAAAUAUGUUUUAUAUUCUUGGUUCUUCAAAGCAGCCACCUUUGCUUUGAUUACUGCUUCACACACUCUUGGUAUUCUCUUGAGAGCUUCACCUGAAAUGGUUUUCCAACAGUUUCGAAGGAGUUCCCAGAGAUGUUCAGCACUUKUUGGUUCUUUUGCCUUCACUCUGUGGUCCAGCUCACCCCAAACCAUCUCGAUUGGGUUCAGGUCCGGUGACUGUGGAGGCCAGGUCAUCUGRUGCAACACCCCAUCACUCUCCUUCUUGGUCAAAUAGUCCUUACACAGCCUGGAGGUGUGUUUGGGGUCAUUGUCCUGUUGAAAAAU